AUGAGUACACCUUCAAUGGCUGAAAGAGCUUCAAAAUAUAAAACUCUUGCCAUAUAUGGAGCAUCAGCUUCUGUGGUUGCACUACUCUCUUAUUAUCUUUACACCAGAUAUCUUAAAUCCAGUCGUUCGAGUUCAACUUCCUCAGAUAGUGCUGAUGAGUCCACCACAAUUGCAACUCUAUAAAAUAAAAAUGGAGUAGUGUCGUCAUCUCCCACUAAAAGGAAAUAGAAUUCAAAUAAUACUCAUAAAAAUGGAAACCUUCCAAAUAAUCUAGGCUAAAACUAUAGAAAUUCCAAAACUAGCAGAGAAAAAAUUAAUCUCCCAAAAUAUGCAUGCUCUUGUGUUGGAAUUCAAAAAUGCAAAGACUGCGAGGAAGAUGGGCAAUCUGACAGAUCAAUAUAUAGAAAUAAUAGAGACAGCAUAAGUAACAAUAAUGGAAGGCUAAAAGGACCUCUUCACUAGAAUGGUCGUAAGGUAGUAUUUUUUGACAGCAAUGAUGAAAUGAUUCCAGCCAGUGAAGCAUCUGAAGAUGAUGCACUUGAUAGAAGUGUUAGAUCAAAAUACUACGCAAGAGUUAUGGUAUGUGCUACUGAAGAAGAAAAGAAAAGGUUAAGAGAGAUGAUUUAUAAACAAAAAUAGAAGAAAAUUUAACAAUUCUUAAACCAAGUUAAUGAUAAAAAGACAUAGUCUAUUCUAUAAAAUAAGAAAAAGUUCAAGGAAGACAAUAUCCGUUAAAUUAUUAAUGCUGAAGGAGGUCCAGGUCAAAAGAGCUAAGGAUCAAGAACUACUUCCACCAUGAGUGAUGAAAACGCUAAAAAUUAAAACGGCGAUGCAUCUGAAAUAACUAGACAAUAAGACAUGAUAAAAUACAAUAACUAGAAGUCUCAAAAGACCCUUAACCAUGGUUCUUAGCUUAAUCAAUAGUAACCAGGUUUAGUGGAAUUGAGUCCAAGUCAUUUUUAGGAUAAAGAUCGUAAUAGAUGGUUUGAUUUAUUCUCUCUAUACACUUAGAAUUUUAUGAAUGAAGAAGAGAAAACUGGAAAACAUAAGAAAACACAAAAUGUGACUGGCUAUCAUAAAUCCUCUUAGCAAAACUAAAAAAAAAGAUCAGCUUCAAUGGAAUGA